AUGGAUGAUGUAAAACUUCAACAAUCUUUAACAUUUCAUGUAUCCCUACCAUCAAUGAAUUCAUCGGAUAUGGGAAUAACAGCGAAUAAUAACAAUAAUAAUAAUAAUAAUAAUAAUACUAUUAAUACUACUAUUGCUAAUAGCAAUGUGGAUCCAAUUUAUAUGAAUCAUAAUAAUAAUAAUAAUAAUAAAGAAAAGAACUUAUCCACUACUUCUACAAGAAUACAAUCACCAUGUUAUGGAAAUAUUAAUUCAUCAACGAAUAUUCCUAUUACUACUAGUCCAUUAACAUUAGAUCAUUGGUCUGCUACAUUAUUAGCAGCACAAGCAUUAGUUAGAACAAAAAAAGUAUUUAUUGGUGGUGUUUCUACUGGAACUACAGCUGAUGAAUUAAAAACAUUUUUUAGUGAAUUUGGUAAAGUGGAAACAUGUGAAUUAAUGAUGGACAAAGCAACAAGUCGUCAUCGAGGUUUUGGAUUUGUUACAUUUGAAAGUGAACAAGCAGCUGAAAAAGUUUGCUCAAUUCAUUAUCAUGAAUUAAAUGGGAAAAUGGUGGAAGCAAAACGAGCUCUACCAAAAGAAGUACUGAGUUCAAGUAAUGCUUUAGUGAAACAACGAAGUUUAUUACCUAAUGCAUUUGCUUUACCAAAUGAAGUUGAUUCGGCAGCUACAGCUGCGGCUACUAUAGCUGCAGCUGCUCUUGCAUCAAGACAACAACAACAUCAACAGCAACAACACUAUCAGAAUAUAAAUCAAAAUUUACAGAACUCAGGAUCUGCAUUUGUAUCACUUGCUUAUGCAUCAUUGAUGCCAUUCAAUCAGUUUCAAUCAUUUCCAUUAACAUCUAACAAUUAUGUUGGACAACCUUUAACUACAUCAAAUCUAACAAUGGAAUCCUCAGGUAUACAUCAUCAAAAUCUUCAUCAUUCAAAUCCUAUUGAAUUCCCAUCUGCAGCUGUACUACCAAAUGGUCAUUCUACAACAAUGACUAGAUUUCCACAACUUGGUAUUCAGUCUGAUGUAAAUCUUCAACAUUCAUGUCCUUUAAAUUUUACUUAUAAUUCACCUACAGCCUAUAUAAAUUCUACAGGGACAUUAACAUCAGUUGGUAAUUAUUUAAAUACAACCAUUCCAAAUCUUAUAAAUCUUGCACCAUCUGGAACAAUUCAAGCAUUAUUACCUAAUUUAACUUAUAAUAUUUUAACAACUUUAAAUGAUCAACGUAAUCAACCACUUCAAACACAUCAAUCACAGCAAACAAUUGGACAACAAUCAUUACAACAACAACAACCACAACACCACCACCAACAGCAACAACAAAAUCAGUCGUUACCUUCUAUUCAAUUAGAUGUUGAAGCAUUAAAACAACAGAUUCAACUACAGAAUUGGUCAAAUAAUACACCAUAUUCACUGAUAGCAUUAAACCAAAAGACUUUAGGACAAAUUCAUUCACCUCCUAAUUUAUUAAAUUUUAAUCCCAAUCAAAAAAUCCCUAAUAUACAACCAAAUGAUGUAACAACAACACCAAUUCAUUUAACAGAUACAUCACCAACAAUGUGGUUACUUCCAGCGAAAAUUCCACGUUCCUUCAAUUGUAUUAUACAUCAUUCAACAAAUACUUCAUUAGUCAGGUAG